AAUGCCUCAUGACAGACUCAGGGCGGAGGCAGGGUUGAAACGUUGUAUAAAGAAUGUUGAGUCAUACGAGUGGGAAACAUGUCUCGGUUCACUACUUUAGAAGAACAACUGAACGAAAAAUGGAGGUAGAAGAUGUGUCGAAAAAGUAGAAGACAAGCAUGAAAGGAGCUGAUCCAUAUAAAGACGUUAACUGUAUCCGUUUCCUUUAUUUGACCAAACUCUGCGAAAAGAAGUGGUAAUCCUCGUAAGCCGAUCAUAGCAAAGGAAAUGUUUUUGUGCAUCGAAUAUUUUAAAUAAAAUUUGGGGUAAAAUCUACGAAAUGUUGCGAACAUCGCGUUCAUUUUCACAGAAUAUCAUAGAAGAGAAAGUAUUUAUUAACUAACAGUCAUAAAUUCUGAAUGGUGAGUAGAUAGCCUUACCUGAUAAGAUGAUUUGCUGGCUAUGAUGUGAGCAAACUAUCUGCAAGUACCAGUACUCAUAUGUAUGUACAUAUCUCAAAUAGAUAGUGGAAAGUUAUCUUUUAGCGGCUUUCCAAAUUUGCGGCGUUGUUUUGCAUCAAAAUAUUAACCGGCGAUAAUGCGAGCGAAAUUAUCAACUCGUUGACUUCAAUAGAAACUUAACGACGUAACGUACAAUGAGAGGCACUUCAGUAAGAAGCCCCUAUCGUGCUUAGAUCAAUUCCAAUUUCGCGAAAAAAUCUUCAGUAUAUUUUUAGAUUCCGUACGUUAAGCACUCUAUCUAAUAGAAUGACGUUAGAAUAGUUUAGUUCAUCUCCAACUAUCUUAGUUAUAUCUCAGUGCAUGUCCACGGACAGGAUAGUGUGAUUUCGGUGGUUUUUGAUUAGACAAUUUUUUUACGCACCAACGGUCAUGACGCUUUCAAGGUUGAAUCGAUUUUGUGUUCUAAAAAAAUUAUCCUCGCGCCUGUAUUCAAGUUCAUCGAGUGAUUCAUCUUCACCAUUGCGUGGUCCCAGCUAUUAUCAUCAUGUCGGAAAAGAACCUCUUGUUUAUCGGAGCGUUGGCCAACAGUUGGAACUGACUGCACGAAACUAUCCAGAUCGUGAAGGCAUCGUCUCGGUGCAUGAAAACAAACGUCUGACCUUCUCAAAAAUCUUAGAUCAAUGCGACCGACUCGCUGCAAGUUUCAAAAGAAUAGGGCUGGAAAGAGGUGACAGGGUAGGAAUUUGGGCACCGAAUUACGUGUUUUGGUAUAUAAGUAUGCUAGCGGCCUCUCGAGCUGGCCUCAUUUCAGUGGGCAUAAAUCCAGCUUUUCAAGCAUCGGAAGUCGAAUACUGUAUCAACAAGGUGAAUUUAAAAGCCAUCGUGGCACCAGAUGUCUUUAAGACAACACAUUAUUACGAUAUAUUGAAAAAUAUCUGCCCUGAAAUCGGAGAUUGCGAACCAGGCAAAUUGUCAAGCAGAACGGCACCAAGUUUAAAAUCGGUUAUCAUCAAUUCAAAAGACAAGUUCCCAGGUGCCUUCCAGUAUGAAGACAUGUUCAACUAUGCAACCGAAGAUGCAAUCACACAAAUACAGAACAGUCAACGAGAUAUUCAACCCGAUUGGCCUUGUAAUAUUCAAUUCACUUCUGGUACAACUGGUCACCCCAAAGCCGCUGUGAUAGGUCACUUCAGUUUAGUCAACAACGGCAUUCAUAUUGCCCAACGAAAUGAAUUAAAUACAAAGCACCACAAAAUCUGUGUUCAAGUCCCUCUUUUCCAUGCCUAUGGUGUAACUAUUACAAUCUUGGCGGGGAUGCCCUACGGCUCAACUCUAGUUCUACCAUCAGCAUAUUUUAGCCCGAAAGACAGUAUUGCAGCUAUUAACCAAGAAAAAUGCACCGUUAUUCACGGUACACCAACAAUGUAUGUUGAUCUCAUCAAAAAGGUGAUUGACUCCAACGCAAUACUGACUACACCAGAGAUAGCUGUGACCGGGGGAGCCUCUUGCUCACCGAAACUAUUCCAAAACAUCAAACAUCAUCUAAAUGUGAAGAAGGUGAAGACAGUUUUCGGUCAAACCGAAGCAACGGCUGUUGUGGGCCAAAGUCUUCCGGGUGAAACUGAGGAUCAUGUGCUUCACACAGUGGGCCACGUCACGGAUCAUAUUGAAAUUAAGGUUAUCGACAAAGAUGGGAAUACGGUUCCUUUCGGUCAACCUGGAGAGCUUUGUAUUCGAGGAUAUUUGAACUGUUUGGGAUACUAUGGGGAUGAGGAGAAGACAAGAGAGCUGAUUGGUCACGAUGGGUGGCUGAAGACGGGUGAUCAAUUCAUCCUCCAAGAAGACGGUUAUGGAAGGAUAGUUGGACGACUGAAAGAAAUGGUGAUCCGUGGUGGAGAAAAUAUAUUUCCAAAGGAAAUUGAAGAUUUCCUCAAUACCCAUCCUGAUAUCAUGGAAAAUCAUGUGAUUGGUGUUCCAGACGAGCGUAUGGGGGAGGAACUUUGCGCAUUUAUUCGUCUUAGAGACGGCAGACCACAUUUGACGCAUGAUGAUCUUAAGGCAUUUGGUGCAGGAAAGAUAGCUCACUUCAAAAUACCACGCCAUAUACGCAUUGUGCAUGAUUUCCCGAAAACAGUAUCAGGAAAAAUUCAAAAGUUCAAACUUGUACAGCAAUAUAAAGACAGCCUGGACGAAUAAUAAGAAGGGAUGUACAAAAAAAAAUUAUUGUAAGUGUUAAAAAUAUGUAAAUAAAUUGAAGAAGAUGAAAA